CUGCGCUUAUGUCGCACAAUCCUUUCAGUAGCUAUCGAGUUCCCGCGCUUUAACGAUGUACAAAAACCCUACACAGAAUUCGAAAGCCCUCACGUCCACCUAUGAUUAUAAAAGAGACGUGCAGCUGAGCAUUCAACUGAAUCGUUGGAUUCUGAAACCCAUCGGCGUUUGGCCAAAAUCAGAAAAAACCUCAUGGAUAGAAAAAUAUAUUUAUAUGCUAGUAAACGUGAUUUGCACCAGUCUUAUUGGCUUCUUGUUUAUACCCUGCGCUACUUUUGCAGCGCUCGAGGUAAAAGACACGUAUGAUACUUUGAAGCUCUCCGGACCACUAAGUUUUUGUAUAAUGGCCGUCAUUAAGUAUUCCUCUCUGAUCUUCCGUGAGAACGAUAUCCGCAGAGGUGUCGAAUAUAUCGAGAAUGAUUGGAUGAAUACACGGCAUUUUGAAGAUCGGAUCAUCAUGAUUAGAAAUGCUAAAUUCGGUCGUCGUCUCGUAAAGAUAUGCGCGCUCUUUAUGUAUGGUGGUGCUGUGUUUUAUUAUCUUGCCAUGCCAUUUAGCAACAGCAAAGUUAUGGAUAGUGAUAGAAAUUUGACGUAUCGGCCUCUAGUGUUUCCGGUCGCCAAAGUAAUCGUUGACGUACGAUACAGUCCCAUCAGUGAGAUCUUCUUCUGGGUGCAAUGUUUGUCGGGCUUCAUUGCGCAUUCCAUCACUGCCGGUGCAUGCAGUGUAGCCGCCGUAUUCGCAAUGCAUGCUUGCGGUCGUCUGGAGGUUUUAAUGCAAUGGAUCGAACAUUUGGUGGACGGCAGAGAAGAUUUUCACGAUUUGGAUGAGAGAUUGUCGAUGAUUGUGCAGCAGCACAUUCGAAUUUUACGUUUUAUAUCGUUAACGGACAAAGUACUGCGUGAAAUAUCUAUCGUGGAAAUUGCAGGAUGCACAUUAAAUAUGUGCUUUCUUGGAUAUUACACUAUCAUGGAAUGGGAUAGUAAUGAUCCUGCACGUUAUAUAACGUAUAUUGUUUUACUUCUAUCUUUUAUAUUCAAUAUUUUUAUUUUUUGUUACAUUGGUGAACUUAUUGCCGAGCAGUGCAAAAAGAUCGGUGAAGUCUCGUACAUGAUCGAAUGGUAUCGUUUACCAGGAAGAAAAAGUCUCGCUCUUGUAUUAAUCAUCGCUAUGUCCAGAUCGUCUAUCAAAUUUACUGCCGGAAAUUAUUUCGAGUUGUCUCUCUGUACCUUCAGUGACGUAGUUAAAACAUCUGUUGGCUAUUUGAACAUGCUUCGUACGUUAACUUAGUAAAAUCUGUGUUAUAUGUGUAGAAAUUAUUGCAAUUGUUGAUUUAAAUGUCAAUUUAUUAUAUGAUCUCUUUA